UUUACUCAUCGGGACAGCAGUGCUUAUGAGACUUUCUGGAGCCCAAGCUCUUCUCACAGAGGGAGGGACAGAGCAGGCAGCAGACACCAUGGUGCCCCCCUCAGCCCCUGCCCACAGAGGGCCUGUCCCCUGGCAGGGGGUUCUGCUGGCAGUCUCACUCUUAACCUGGAUCCUGCCCACCACUGCCCAACUCACUAUUGAAUCGGUGCCAUCCAAUGCUGUCCAAGGGAAGGAUGUUCUUUUGCUUGUCCACAAUCUGCCUGGGAAUCUUGCAGCCUAUGGCUGGUACAAAGGGGACAGAGUAGAUCCCAGUCAAGAAAUUGUGUCCUAUGUAAUAAACACACUACAAACUACCCCAGGGCCUCUAUACAGUGGUCGAGAGACAAUAUACUCCAAUGGAUCCCUGCUGUUCCAGAAUGUCACCCAGGAGGACACAGGAUACUACACCCUACAAGUCUUCAAGGCAAAUUUCCAAACUGAAGUAGGAAUGGGACAGCUCCGCAUAUACCCGGAGUUAACCAAACCCAACAUCGCAUGCAACAACUCCAACCCCGUGGAGCACAGGGACCCUGUAGUGUUAACAUGUGAACCUGAGACUCAGAACACCACCUACCGGUGGUCGAUCAACAAUCAGAACCUCCCGGACAGCACCUGGCUGAAGCUAUCCUCGGACAACAGGACUCUCACUUUAUUCAACAUCACAAGGAAUGACACUGGACCCUAUGAGUGUGAAACCCAGAACCCAGUGAGUGCCCAUCGCAGUGACCCAUUCUACCUCAAUGUUCUCUAUGGCCCGGAUGCCCCCACCAUUUCCCCCUCAGACUCCUAUUACCAGCAAGGGGCAAACCUCAGCCUCUCCUGCUAUGCAGCCUCUAACCCACCUGCACAGUAUUCUUGGCUUAUCAACGGGAGGCCCCAGCAAUUCACACAGGAGCUCUUUAUCCCCAACAUCACUGUGAGUGAUAGUGGAUCCUACACCUGCCUCGUCCAUAACUCUGACACCGGCCUCAAUAGGACCACAGUCAAGACCAUCACAGUCUCUGAGCCAGUGGCACAGCCCUCCAUCCGAGCCAGCAACACCACAGUCACAGAACAGAAGGACAUCGUGGUCCUGACCUGCCUCACUAGUGACACUGGGAUCUCCAUCCAGUGGUUCUUCAAUAACCAGAUUCUAGGGCUCACAGAGAGGAUGGAGCUGUCCCAGGACAACAGCACCCUCACCAUAGACCCCAUCAGGAGGGAGGAUGCGGGGGAUUAUCAGUGUGAGGUCUCCAACCCGGUCAGUUCCAGCAAAAGUGACAUCCUCACGCUGGAUGUGAAAUAUGAUCCAACACUAGGAAGUUCUGGACUCUCAGCUGGGGCUAUUGGUGGCAUCGUGAUUGGAGUGCUGGCCGGGGUCGCUCUGAUAGCAGCCCUGGUCUACUUUCUGUACAUCAGAAAGACUUCAGGGGCAAGUGACCAGCGUGAUCUCACAGAGCACAAAACCUCAGCCUCCAACCACAGUCAGGGCCACUCUGACAAUUCUCCUAACAAGGUUGAAGAAAUUACAUAUUCUUCCUUGACCUUCAAAGCCCAGGAAUCAAGGAAACCAACUUCAGCCUCCUCCUUCCAUCAGCCACAGAAACAGUUUAUUCAGAAGUAAAAAAGAAGUAAUGCAACCUGCCCUGUUCGCUGCACUGCUGACUUACUCCAAGCUUCUCAUCCUCAUCACAGGAAGGAUCCCUUUACCCUCAAAGAAUAAGUGAAGAAGACUCCCCCUCCCCCCUUAAUUCUCAAAUGAAGCACCUCCAGGCUGCCCAGUCAGAGCCCCUCACUUCAGUGUCAAUACGUGAAAAGGUACAUCCAGGAGUCUGUAGGAAACCCAAUCUUCCUAGUCUUUGAAAUUUGGCAAAGCAGACUUUCAGAGAGAGUUGCCAGAACCUGCCACUCCUCCUCCUCUCCUGACCUAGACUUGUUUUAAAAUUACCUAGUCAGAGCACACUCACCUUCCUACCCCAGACUAGUCUAACUUGAAUUUGCCAUAACCUUUCAAGUUUUGUCCUUAUCCACUGAAAUGCACAUGCCAAAAAAGAACAGAGAAAAAGUAAAAGUAAAAGUUUCUACUGUUUUUCCAAAGCCCACAGUGAACCCAUCAGACACAGGGAAACAAAUAUAUAACCAAUUCUGAACUGAGAAGUUCUACACUUUUGUCCAAAACAGGGUUGUCUACCUGUAGCACCAGGGCCUAAGAACAUUGCUGCUUAGCUGGAAAAUCACCUAGGCCCUUUGGCAAGGCUGUCUUCAGAGAACCCACUAGAAGCAACUAGGAAAAUUAUUUGCCAAGGUCCAUAGGAGAUUCCUAAUGGAAAAUGCAAAAAAAAAAUUCUCAGAUGUUUUAAUUACUUUAUGGGCUUUAUUCAAGUAAAUGUCCAAAGAAGAAGGGUUAUGGAAUUAGUAGUAGUCAGCUGUUAACAGAGACAAUCUGCUGGGAAUUUUGGAAAGGAAUCAGAGGGCUACUCUUCAGAUAUCGUUUAAAGAACUGUUGAAGAAUGCACAAUUUACAGAAUUGAGUUUUUCCUCUAUAGUCUCAGACAUUCUGCCAUUUCAUUUUUUGUAACUGCUUAUCUAUGAGAGAGGGGUUAUUUUCACUUAGCUUAGCUGUGUAAGCCAAUCUGACUGCCUCAGGUGAAAGAAGCCACCAAAACCCCUCAAGUCCCCUUGGCCAGGAGCUCCUCAAGGUUUUUAUGUCAGGGGCUCCAAACAGAAAAGAAGCUGUUUUCCUCAUUCAUGGCUGGAAAUGGAUCUAACUCAGUUUCCAGGCAUCUCAGGCAAAUCAGCAGACACCGUUCUACCCCAUGAAUCUGUCUGUGCAUGUUCUGUCUGUCUGCCCCACUCUCUUUCUCAGGAAAUCAUGGCCCCUCCUAAGAAGCAUUUGGUCCUUGAGAAGUGGGAGUGCCCUGAAGGGAACAUUCGCACUCAGACUGUUGGCAUUGUUUGCAACCUAGAAAGCUGCACUGGUGCUGACGCUCCUUAGGACACAAGGGGAGGGUUAUAACUGGGCCUUAGGUUUCUUGAACAGUCUGUGAAAUCUAUUUUAUCCCAUGGAGUCUAUGAGUCCCAAUAUGUCUUAGGAUAAAAGGAAGGGCAAGAGAAGGUAGGGCAAAAAUACUUCCCACCCAGCCUUUUUCUACAAAGAUGGAAUCUUUUCGGGGCUGUUGAAAGGUCUUAUUUGACACUGAUUACUUAUCUCAGGCUGUAUCUAAGAGACACGUCAAAGAAAAUUAGCUGAGAGUGCUUCGUACUCAAGUAUCUCUUUCAGGGAUUCCUAACCCUGACACAGACUGCAUAGACUUCCACUUAUUCAUGCUAUUCUGUGUUAUUUAAUUUUGCCUGGCUGCAGCCACUUGUGAAUUAUUUAUAAAAUGUACUCUAUAUUUAUAAUAAAUAUUACA